AUGUCCGCUCUCUUUAAAUGCACCUUGCUGGUCGUGUACCGCAGUUUCAAAGUGAACAUAUUUCCGUACCUCUUUCUUUUCCAUUUUAGUCUUGUUUGUCCGUUAAUUCGAUGCAAAAGUUGCUUUCGUCGAUGCUCUCGUUGUUAUUAUUAUUAUUAUUUGUUACAGUUGCCAGUUAUUGCAAUUUUUGUCUUGCCGUGGUCUCUGGAUUUUGGAGUUCACGCGCUUAUAUCUUCUCGCGCCGUUUUUUCGCUCACUCAAUUUGUUUGUCUCUCCGCUAUUUCUUCUAUUUGUUUAUUUAUUUCGGCCUCCGCUACUGCGUUUGCUAUUUCUAUCCUUUCUUUUGACCUUUGUAGAAGGGAACUGUUGUAG